CUGACCAAAGGUCGGUAUUUAUUUUCGGAUGGAGAUGUUUAUACUUUUUUGAUAAGAUUAAAUGCAAUGGCAAACCUCAGCCCACUGGUCUACUGGUCGCAGACCAAGCAAACAUUGUUACUGAAAGUCGACCUCAAGGAUGCCAAGGGAGCCAUCGCGGACUUUUCGCCGGUUUCGGUGAACUUCAGUGCCAAUGGACACGGAGCCCGAGGAGUGAAUGCCUACAAGUUCGAGUUGCACUUCUACGCCCUGAUAAACGAUGAGAACGCCACCUUCGUGGUCAGCGACAACAAGAUCGAGCUGCAGAUCCGCAAACUGGAGCCCGAGUGGUGGCCCCGCCUGGUGGCCACCCCACAGAAGCCCCACUGGCUGAAGGUCGACUUCGAUCGCUGGCGCACCGAGGACGACGGCGAGGUGGAGGAGAAGCCCCGCGAUGUCCGCCAGGACUACGAGAAGGAGUACGCCGAGCUCCAGAAGCGCGAGCUGGGCUAUAUUAAGGAGAAAACCAAGAAGGUGUACAUGAUCUUCUACAACCUGGCCAUGUUCGUGGGCUAUCUUUACAUCAUGGUCGUAAUGGGUGUGCUAUAUUACCGCGAUGGCCCCGAUAGCAUCGGCAAAACCUACGCCAAUGUGGGCAACGCCUUCAAAUUUAUCCAGCUGCUGCAAUAUCUGGAGGUGAUGCACCCCAUCUUUGGCUACACCAAGGGCGGUGCCGUGGUGCCCUUCUUCCAGGUGUCCGGGCGCAACUUUAUUCUGUUCCUUAUGAUCGACAUGGAGCCACGCAUGCACGCCAAGCCAGUAGUGUUCUAUGUUUUCAUAAUCUGGUCUCUGGUCGAGUUGGUGCGAUAUCCCUUCUACUUGGCCCAACUACUCGGCCGCGAAGUGGGCCUGCUCACCUGGCUGAGGUACACCAUCUGGAUACCGCUCUACCCCAUGGGCAUCCUGUGCGAGGGCAUCAUCGUACUACGCAAUAUCCCCUAUAUCGAGGAGACGAAACGGUUUACCGUGGAAAUGCCCAACCCCUGGAACAUAACCUUCGAUAUGGUCCUCUUCCUGAAACUAUACCUCCUGCUGCUGAUCCUGCCGGGCAGCUACUUGGUCAUGUCGCACAUGGCCAAGCUGAGGUCCAAAAAGCUGGGGAAGGGACGCGCCAAGCGCAUGCAGCAUCUGCGCGCCGACUAGUCGACACACUGCCAGGAGCCAGAGAGUUCGCUCGACUUAUGGCAGUACGAUUUCCUAUUUUCGUUUAGCGUAAGCAAAAAGUCCAAAGAAAUAUCUACAUCCACCAUACUAUACAACAUUGACGUUCAUUAAAAUUUUCUAUCAUAUUGCAA